UUAACUCCUCCUGGCAUCUGCAGGCUGCAGGGCCCUUUGUGCCUCUGUUUGUUCUGUGAUAAACUCCGACACAGGCGGGCGCUGGGGAAGGGGCCUGCAUUGUCCUUGUGGACGUCCGGCGGCCGGGAGGUAGAUCGAGGGUGGCAGCCUGCAGGGCCCCCUCCCAUGGAAAGAGAAGUUGCCAGGACCCAAGCUCUGCCACCACCCCCAGGAGCAUUGAUCAGCUGCCUUUGGGGGCCCCCUGCCAUUCUCCACGGUGCAAGAGGCAGCCUGGCUCCGCUCUCUGGGUCCCUGCCGGGUCAGAGUGGCCGGUGCGGGCCGAGCGAUGGCGCUGCUCACCCACCUGCUGGCAUGCGUCUUCGGGACGGGCUCCUGGGCAGCCCUCAAUGGCCUGUGGGUGGAGCUGCCCCUGCUGGUGACCGAGCUGCCUGAGCAGUGGUACCUGCCCUCCUACAUCACCAUCAUUGUCCAGCUGGCCAACGUGGGGCCGCUGCUGGUCACCCUGCUGCACAGGUUCAAGCCCGGCCUGCUGAGCGAAGUGGCCGUCAUCUAUGGCGUGGUGGCCGUGGGAGCUCUGGCCUGCCUGCUCUUGGCCUUCCUUUGGGGUUUUACCUCCCCUGUCGCCGGGGAGCCCCACAGCACGGCCUUCUUCGGCCUCGCCUUCUGCCUGGCGCUGGUGGACUGCACCUCCUCAGUCACCUUCCUGCCCUUCAUGGCGCGGCUGCAGCCCCGCUACGUCACCACCUUCUUCAUGGGAGAAGGGCUCAGCGGGUUCCUCCCAGCCCUCGUUGCCCUGGCCCAGGGCGCCGGCAUCGCCAGGUGCGUCAACGUCACCCAGGUCGCCAACGUAACCACGGGCAACAACACCGCCGAGGACAGCCAGUUCCAAAUGGAGACCCAGUAUCUCCCAGCCAACUUCUCCACCCUGGUCUUCUUCCUCCUCCUGGCCGCCAUGAUGGUCGCCUGCUUGGUAGCCUUCUUCUUCCUCACCAGGCUGCCCAAAGCGUGGGAGCUGUCGAGACAAAACUUGUGUCCUAGCACCAUCACUCUCCACUCACUUCAGGAAAUCCCUGGGGAUGGGCCCAGGCUAUCUGUGGGAGGAGACUCCACAAGGGGAGGAAAGCCAGUGAACUCUGACAAGGGAUCCCAUCAUACAGACCCAGAGGUUACCUACUCUCUGGCCAAGUUUGCCUUCAUCUACCUCCUUGUUGCCUGGGUGAACUCCCUAACCAACGGGAUCCUGCCAUCCGUGCAAGCCUAUUCCUGCUUGCCCUAUGGCAACAUGGCCUACCACCUGUCUGCCACCCUGAGCUCCAUGGCUAACCCGCUCGCCUGCACCAUCGCCAUGUUUCUGCCCAGCAGGUCUCUGGCCCUGCUGGGGGCGCUCUCCGUGGCCGGGACAGGAUUUGGGGCCUAUAACAUGGCUAUGGCUGUCAUGAGCCCGUGCCCCCUCCUGCAGCACUCGGCUUGGGGGCACGCCAUCAUCGUCAUCUCCUGGGUGUGCUUCACGGGGAGCCUCAGUUACGUGAAGGUGAUGACCGGGGUGAUCUUGCGGAGCCAGAGCCACAGCGCCCUCGUGUGGUAUGGGGCAGUAGAGCAGCUGGGGUCUCUGACCGGGGCCCUCAUCAUGUUCCCCCUGGUGAACGUCUAUAGCUUCUUCAGAUCUGCUGACUAUUGCAGCCUGCAGUGUCCAGCGUGAGCCUGGGCCGGGGGAGGUGCUCUGGGGAGGAGCUGUGGCAAGGGACUUGCUGGCCAAGGACAUCAUGGACUCCAGUGACUUCCAGACUGGGCAGAAAACACCUCCGCCCCUAUCUCGUUAGCUUGAUGGAUCUCCAUGCUGCAGCCCACAGUCUCCAAACACGGCGCGGCGAAGCACACCCCAAUCAGUUAUGCAAACAGUCAGGACCGGCUCCAAGCACCAGCCUGGCAAGCAGGUGCUUGGGGCGGCUGCUCCGGAGAGGGGCGGCACG